UAAAGAAACGAUUCACAAAGCCAUUCUUCACUAUUUUGGGAAAGCACUCGAGGAAUAGUUCAAUCACUACAAAAAACAAUCCUAAACAUUCGGCUCAAGGGUUAGUCAAUAAUGAGAUUGGGGUCAAUAAGAUCAAGCGAAUUCAGAACUUUAUAGCAGUAACCUUAUCAGAAUCCGUGUACUCCCUCCAUAACAACUCUCAAGAUACUGGGCACGAAUCGGGGAGCAUACGAAGCAGCAGCAAGAAGACAAGGUUGGAUAGUUUAUUGAACAGACUAAG